CGGAAAACACGACUUGAUAUUUAAAAAAGUUUUGUUAUAAAAAUAAAUAAAUAAAAAAGUUAGAUUUCAAAGAUGGCGGUGUCAGCUGUCUCGUACGCGGUUUCCCGCGUAAUUAAACGCGCGUCACCAUUUCUUUAUCAAAGGAGAUUCGAAUCGACGGUUGCCAGUUUGACAAAAGACGAAAUAUUGAUAUUAUUACGACCUCCUUUUACUAAUUGGAGCAAUAUUAUAAGAGAAGCGGAGAAAGUGGUCGGUUAUCCGACAUCCUUUAUGAAUUUGCGUUGUCUUCUAAGUGAUGAGUUCGCGAAUAUGGCGCUAUAUUUACGAAAAUUGGUCGGCAGCAACCACUUAGUGAUGCAAACAGCGAAGAACAUCCUGUACGGCGACUCUAAGAACCUGCAGCCGUGGGGCCUGAUCAUCCUGCUGCUGUGCAAGUCGGUGAGGAGCAGCUCCCCGCAGCCACAACUGGACAAGAUCGAGGAACACCAGCGGCAGCUCGCCGAGCUCACCGAGAUGAUACGCACUGGACACUUGAUCCAUAAAGGAAUCGUCAAUGUACCCUUCGCAAAGCGUUCCAAGGCGACUGAAUCAGCUAUUUUCGGGAACAAAAUCGCUAUACUACUGGGCGACUACUUGCUGGUCACUGCUAACGGUAUGCUCUCAGGUCUGCGCAACUCCGAUGUAUCAUACAUCAUCUCCACAGCCCUAAAAGACCUAUCUGAAGGAGAAUUCUUCGGAGAAAGAGACGAACAAAACAUGCCUUUACCAGGAAAGCCUAAAAAGGCAGAAGAAGAUUUAGACAUUCCUUUAGAUACCAUGUCGAUAAGCGCCAAUGAUGUGCUCGGGAAGCCCAGGAAGGAAUGGACGGCCAGGUCUGUAUUCAACGGGGUCAGUCUCCUGGGCAGGGGCUGUCAGUCUGCGAUGGUGUUAGCCAAACAGAGUCGAGAGACCCAGACGUACGCAUACCAUUUCGGGUGCCACGUCGGUCUCGCGUGGCAAGCUGCCACCGAACUACAGACCCUGACUUCCGACAACAAAGACCAGUUCUGCCUGGCCAGUGCCCCGGUUCUCUUCGCGUUGGAAGACAAUCCUGAUUUAUACAAGAUAAUAGACCAAGCUAAAAAUGACGUGAAAGACGUAGACUAUGAAGAUUUGAAGUUCAAUAUACUGAAGACAGACGCGGUAGAAAAGACGAAGAUGUUGUAUCAGGAUCACGCGAGGAAAGCCACGGCGUAUGCUGAGAGUAUCGGCCAGAAUGACUCUGUGGAUAUGAUUAAGAAGCUUAUUAAUACUUUUUAGUGUAGAAAAGUAUUGAUAAUGUAAAUUAUAAUGGGUAAGUACGGUCACGAGCAUUAAUAUGUAUACACUUUGGUACCAUGUCACAUUGACUUUUUUGACAAAUUGAACUGUAAGUCGCACUAAAUGUCAAAUAUGUGUGUGCGACAGAGUCCUAAAGUACGAGUAUGCGUACUUUAACAUAAAAAUUGCCGACCAUAACCUGUAGCCGCCAGGAAUGAAGGGCUUUCUAGGUUACGUUCCUAACCAACAAUAUAGAUGGCGCUGUACAGA